AUGGAUCCCUCCCCCAACAAUGCCGCCAUGUAUGAUGCGCGAAGGCGACGCGGCUCCGUCGGUACAUCCCAACUCUUCGAUACCAUCGUAUCAGCUUCCAACUUCGACAGAGAUGAGGUGGAGAGACUUCGCAAGCGGUUCAUGAAACUCGACAAGGAUAGCUCCGGUACCAUCGAUCGAGAUGAAUUCCUCUCCCUUCCCCAGGUGUCCUCGAACCCGCUUGCAACGAGAAUGAUCGCAAUCUUCGACGAAGACGGCGGUGGCGACGUCGACUUUCAAGAAUUCGUCUCGGGUCUAUCAGCCUUCAGCUCCAAGGGCAACAAAGAAGAGAAACUCCGCUUUGCAUUCAAAGUCUACGACGUCGACCGAGACGGCUACAUCUCCAACGGCGAGCUGUUCAUCGUAUUGAAGAUGAUGGUCGGCACAAACCUGAAGAACGACCAGCUGCAGCAGAUUGUGGAUAAGACGAUUAUGGAAGCGGACAAGGACCGUGACGGGAAGAUUAGUUUCGAGGAGUUUAUGGAGAUGGUUGAGAAUACGGAUGUGAGCUUGAGCAUGACAUUGAGUAUGUCUUUCCCCAUCUUCCCUAUGGCACCAGGUCUACAUGAAUUGGAACUAAUUGACCUCAGACUAUAUUUAAGCAUGGCAUUUAAUAUUGUCUUCUGUUGCCAUGUUUCUUGUCCAUAUUUCUGGUUCUGA